UAUUCUAUGACACCCUAGACCUGAAGAAGGGCAUUCUAAUGGAGUUCCAUUCUGACCGAGGUCAACCACGAACCCAUGUCCUCUCCUCAAUAGGCAAUUACUAAAGGAAGUGGGGCAGAUUAGGGCAGAUAAGUCUGUCAUGUUGUGGCUGUGACUAAUGGGGUGAUAUUCUACAGUAGGAUCCGAGCUCGAUGGAUCUCUUGAACCAGACCAAGGUGAGAGAGUUUGUAUUUUUUGGACUGACUGAUAAAGAAUCGCUUGUUCCUUUCCUCUUCCUGUUCUUCCUAAUUGUCUACCUGGUCACCAUGGCAGGUAACUUUGGAAUGAUGAGUCUAGUCUACAACACCUCGUUUCUUCACACCCCUAUGUACUACUUCUUGGGUUUCCUCUCCUUGGUGGACCUCCUAUACUCCACGGUGAUCACCCCCAAGAUGCUGUCCGACCUGGUCUCCAAGAGAAAGUCCAUCUCGUUCAACGGUUGCGCCCUUCAACUUUUCUUCUUCGCAGCCUUGGCAGUAACCGAGGCUCUUCUGCUCUCGGGCAUGUCGUACGACCGAUACGUUGCUAUAUGCCACCCUCUGCGAUAUGCCUCCAUAAUGACCGUGAAGAAGUGUCUGUGGCUGGUUCUCCUGUCUUCUGCCCUCGGCUUCCUCCAGUCAUUGGUCCAGACCAGCUGCGUAUUCAGCCUUUGCUUCUGCGGUGGGAACCUGAUCGACCAUUUCUAUUGUGACAUCGGGCCAUUACUAAAGCUCUCCUGUUCCGAAACGGUCUCCUGUGAAAUGGUCACCAUGUUCUUCACGUUGUCUUGCGGCGUAGGCUCACUUAUGACCGUCCUUGUCUCGUACGCUCUCAUUAUCUCCUCGGUCCUUCAGAUGAACUCUGCCGAGGGCAGACAGAAGGCCUUCAACACUUGCUCCUCUCACCUCACGUGCGUUUCCAUCUUCUACGGCACCGUGUUCUUCAUUUACUUGCGCCCUUCUUCCAGCGCGUCUGAUAAAGUAGAUAAGGUGGUGUCCGUCUUCUACUCGGUGGUUACCCCGAUGCUCAAUCCUCUGAUAUACAGCCUGAGGAACCAACAGGUUAAGCAGAUUAUCAUGGACACUUUGCGCAAAAUGGCAUCUCGCUGA